AUGUCCACUGCAAGCUUACCUUCGUAUUAUCUUGCUCCGAAUCUUUCACACACUCCUGCAUACACAGAGGAACCACAAGAACAUGAGCAACGUAUAGCCCUCUCUGACCGCCUCCGUUCUAGAAAUUCUGGAACAUUUGUGAAGCAAUCUCGAAACGGAGAGGCAAGGUUAACCUUGAACGCUCAAAAUGGGCCAAUCCCUACGUAUGGUUCAGGAGGAAUAAUCGAUGGUACGAUUGACAUUGCGAAAACUGAGAAUAUAACGAGCAUAGAUAUCAAGGUGGAGGGCCAUCUGCAAGUUAAAGAAAUAGCAGAAGGGGGAACCAUUGACAGAAAAGUAGAUCUUGCAAGUUCGGUGCUUUGGUCAAAGGAAGAAAUUGCUCCUUGUCCAAGCUCUUGUGAUUUUCAACUACCCUUGCCGCAUACUUUUGAGAUAGAGGGUCAACACUAUAAUCUCCCCCCGACGUACAAUGUCAAACUAUCCGGCCUUCCUGGAUUCGUUGCUUUCAUAGAGUAUUCGAUACACGCGGUUAUCCGUAGGUCGACCGUAGCCACCGCUCUCGCUCCUCGGAUGAAAGCAAGCUUUCUUGGUAUCAACGUUGGAAACACCUAUUCCAGCGUACUGUCAACGCCUUUCAUAUACUAUCCUCGAACACGUCCGAUGGUCCCCCUGCCUGCCCCCAUCAGGCUGACACAGAAUCGUUUUACUGGAACGCCAGACUGGCAACUCUAUGAAUCCGUGAUGGCUUCUCGACGCUCCUCCUUGCAAGAUAUCAGCACACGACUAUACAUACCCGCUUCCCGCAUCUUUUGUGCUUCGCAAAACAUACCGUUCCAUGUCACAUUUGAGUCAUCCGCCCUGUCGUUAGCAACUUUCUUACCAUUCGGACCUUCGGGUAAUCCCUCCACGAAGAAACCCACGCGCUUGCAAAUUAUGCGGAAAGUGACUGUCGACGUGAGGCACCAAUUGAUGCUUGGGACUAGCAAAACUGACAUGUGGCGGGUGGACUGUUUGGGAGAAGCCACAUUCAAACAUGCGGGCGAUGGUCCUACAUGGGUCUCUUUCUCCGGAGAUAUUUCCAUCGAUCCUCCGGUGAAGGUUAUGGGGUUUAAAGUUGGUGGAAUAGCGGUCAAGGAUUUCAUGUUAUUUUCCAUGACGCCUCCAGAAGCACAGCAAGCCCCAUUCAGUGAGUUAAGGCAGGUCAUUCCAAUCCAAUUGACGACAGAUGUAUGGUCUUCGAAUGGUAAUAGUUUUGGAACGGAUCUGCCAUCUGAGUCUGUGCUUUCCUUGCGGUCUUCAUAG